AUGUUUGCGUGGAUGUGUUUUUUUGUGCUUGUUGUCCUCGUCGCCAUGACAGCUGGCGGUCCUCGCCCCACCUACGGUCAGUCUGGUCAGUCAGUCAACGGCGCCGACAUCCUGAAGGACGAGAGGACACAGAACGGCUAUGGCGAGUAUAAUUUCCAGUACGAGACCAGCGACGGCAUUACACGGCAGGAGUACGGCAGCCAGAACGACGGCCAGAUAACAAAGGGUGGCUGGAGAUACACGUCCCCUGAUGGAGUGCCUGUUCACAUUACCUUCUUGGCUGACCACGGGGGUUACCAGCCCCUGGACGCCGUCCUUCCUGUAGCCCCACCCCUGCCUUACAAGCGGUCACAAGAUAAUUACUAA